AUGGGUGGUUCCUGGAGGGCUGCGUUAGACAAGGAAUUUAUGAAGCCGUAUUUCCAAAAGCUCAAAGAAUUCCUCAUUGCGGAGCAUCGUGCGCACACCGUAUACCCAAAGCUGAAUGAUGUCUACUCUUGGUCACGAUUGACGCCACUUGACUCUGUGAAAGCCGUUAUACUAGGCCAGGAUCCAUAUCAUAAUGUAGGACAAGCGCACGGGCUCUCUUUCUCCGUCCUUCCUCCAACUAAGCUCCCUGGUUCCCUGAGGAAUAUCUAUAAACAACUCUCAACUGACAUCCCCACUUUCAAAGUCCCCACGUCUGGGGAUCUGACGCCCAUGGCUAAGGCUGGAGUUCUCUGGUUGAAUACCUGCCUGACUGUACGGGCGCAUAAUGCGAACUCGCACUCAAAAAAAGGCUGGGAGAAGUUCACUGACGCUGUUAUCCGAGCGGUGCUCGACCGUCCGGACGGAAGAGGGGUUGUCUUCUUUGCCUGGGGUUUGCCUGCCCAAAAACUAUACGACAGACUUGGGAUUGACGAGCAUCUGGUGUUAAGAUCUCCACAUCCUUCUCCUCUUUCAGCUCAUCGGGGCUUCCUUGGAAACGCCCACUUCAAGAAAGCCAAUGAAUGGCUGCGGAAGACACACGGGGAAGAAAUCGAUUGGAUGGCUCUCAGUCCUGUUCCACCUUCAGGCGCAGGUCGCCACAUCUUAACGACAUGAAUUGUAGCAAUAUCAGUAUUUCACCUACAGGAAAGCGAAUGCGAUUGCUACACUAACGGAAUCAUUGCUUAAAUUACAUGCAUGUAUCAGAUCUUCCUCAUCGAUGCCUUUGGCUGUUCCAAAUCUGGCUUUGCCCGCCGACUCCGAACUGCCCCAUAUCAGGAGAGGUAAAGAAUGUUGGAUUAGAUAUGGGGAAGUUCACAGCAUUGAACGGCGAUUGCGCAAAAUUCUGAUUUAUCAUCGGGAACUGUGCGAUAGGCGAGGCCUGCACAGCAGGAACAGGCGAGCGGGUUGUGUUUGGCCGUGAGCCUGGUUGGGGUGGCGGUUUCCAGUUCUGACAUAGUCAAUCAGCAUUGUGCGGAAGGGAGGAGAAUAGCCACAAACACUUACAUAUUGCUUUCCUUCACGAUAUAACUCUUCCAGCUUUUCGUCGAAGACACCGCGCUC